AUGAAGCUUACCGCCCUUAUCAGUGUCGCCUUCUUGGCUCAGAGCUCUUUCGCACACCCAGGCGAAAGUGCUGCACAGCAUGCGCGAGACGCUGCUGAGCGAAGAGCCUACUUGGCAAAUAACAAGCGGUCUCUUUCACACUGCGAUGAUACACUCAAGGCGCGUGGUAACGAUAUCACUAUGCACGCUCGUCGCAGCGCCAUGGUGGAAAAGCUUCGAGCUAAGCGGGCCAUCGCCCAAGACAAACCAUACCUGCGCAUCCGUGACCUUGAUACUGUGCUCGCUACCGAUCACAAGUCGAACAUGACUGGCGUCACUGCCAACACCGAUCCCGCCACUCUCUUUGCAGGAAACAACUCCUGCAUUCUUACACCUGAGGUCACACAAGGUCCUUACUGGGUUGAAGGCGAGCUUGUGCGAGAAGACGUUACCGAAAACCAAGAGGGCAUCCCUAUGACGUUGGACAUCCAGAUCAUCGAUGUGAACACAUGUGAACCUGUUCCCCAGGCUUACCUCGAGAUGUGGCACUGCAACGCCACUGGUGUGUACUCUGGUGUUGUGGCUCAAGGUAACGGGGUUGGUGAAGAUGACGAGUCAAACUUGCAGAACACUGCAUUGCGUGGCAUCCAGCAGAGCGACGAAAACGGUGUUGUUGUGUUUCAGACCAUCUUCCCAGGACAUUACACCGGCCGUGCUACGCAUAUCCACGUCAUGUCCAGACUCAACGCAACCGUAAACGCCAACUCGACCCUCUCAGGCGGCCACAUCACACACGUGGGACAGAUGUUCUUCGACCAGGACCUUAUCACACUCGCCGACACGGUAGAACCCUAUGCUAGCAACGAACAGGAAGUCACUUCGAACUCGGAUGACUCUAUCCUCGCUGAAGAAGCUGAGGAUGUUGAUCCAUUCGUGGAGUACGUCAUGCUGGGCGAUGACAUCUCUGAGGGUCUGUUUGGCUGGUUGGCGUUCGGCAUGGACUCGACCAACUCUUACAAUAUCACCCCCGCGGCAUACUGGACUGAAGAGGGAGGUGUUGAGAACGAGAAUUCUGGU